AUGGCGCGGGAGAGGAAUCGUGAGGAGGCAGAAAGACGACAGCACAUCGAUGCAGACCGAAAUGUAGCGUGUGACUACUCUGAAGUCUUUCCGAUGCUGCUUUCCAAGAGAGCAUAUGCCCCGGCAGCUAGAGCAGAAGAGUGCGCGGGGUGGGGCAGCAAGGUCGCCAAGGGCGAGUACGUGUGGAAGCUUCAGCAGAUGUCUUGGCUUCGGACAGCACUUCGCCAGGACUUUCUGUCAGGGGCGUUUUCUGAAGAUUUCCAGGUGGGCAAGUACAUCUUCGAUUUUGUGUAUAACCCUUUCGGAGGCCGUCUUGCAUCUACGCAGAAGCUCGGCUCCCUAGCCAUAAGAACAUCCUCAGACGAGAAGUUCGCGCUUCGCUAUAGCAUCCAUAUCAAGAGGCGAGGUGGGGACUUUGUGCAGUGGGGCGAGACGCAGGACGCACUCCACAACGGCUCUGAGAAGCACUAUGGCCCCGAUGUGGCGGACAUGGCAGACUCUCCGGCAGCAGAGCACUGCGGAAUCUUCGGCCUGACUCAUGACGAGCUCCUGCAAUCCGAAUGGGUGGAGAACGACACUUUGACCAUGAAGUUCCUGUUGGAAGUCCGGUGUGAGGGAGUCCACCAUUAUCAGGUCACCCACAAAAAGAUCGAAACGGUAGAGGUUCCCGAAGCCACCAUGGACCGAGACCUGCAGGCCUUGCUUCAGGAAGGUACAUGCAGCGACGUGCAGUUCAGGGUACAGGGUGAGGUGGUUCAUGCGCACUCCCAACUUCUCUGCGCAAGAUCUGAAGUUUUCAAGAAGCAGCUGACGGCCGGCAUGCGGGAGUCCGUGUCCAAGGUAAUCGACGUGGAAGACUGCGACGCGGCUACCCUGAGAGCCUUGUUGCGCUUCCUCUACACCGACAGCUUUCCCGCAGUGGAGGAACUUGCGGCGCAGCCGUCAAGCGAAGCUGCAAGGGAAGACGCAAGCCGGCAUCUGUUGUUCACGCAGGGCUUGUGGGCUGCCAGCCACAAGUAUCAGGCCACGAGGCUUCAGCGGUGGUGCGAAGCGCAGCUCUGCGAACUGCUCAGUGCAUCGGAGGUGUGCGGAAUCCUUUGUCAGGCACACGUCUUUGAGGCCAAGCAGAUCGAGAAUGCCUGUCUCUCGUUCAUCAAAGACCACACAGCCGAGGUGCUCAAGCUUCAGGCCUAUGCCGACUUGAGCAAGAAGUGGCCGGAGGUCGCGAUGAAGAUUCACCUCUUCUCAGCCGGCGUGCCAGAAACCGAGGCAGCUGCAAUCGUGCAGGCCUCCAAAGUACGGAGGCUGGAGAAUGGGAAGGAGAGGACAUUGUAG